AUGAAACCACAACAAGCACUUGUGAUAUGUCCUAAUUUAAAACUCAUUCAUGUUCCCAUGUUUCCUAAUACUACUAAAGUGACUUAUAAAUAUUAUAGAGAAGCAUUUCAUGAAAUAUUUAAAUUGCAUGUCAAGGAUCAAUUAAUUCCAGAAUUUUUUGAAAGAUUGAGAAAUUCCAAUGAAUAUGUCAUGAGGAAUGAAAGGAGUGAUUUAAACACACUUCAACAACAAGGAGAAUCACAUCAACAACAACCAUCAUCAUGGCAUGAUUGGAAAUUUAAUAUGGAAAAAUCAAGUAUGGAUGAAGUAUAUAUUGAUUUAACACCAUGUUUUGAACAAUUGAUUCAUCAAUUAUUAAUGAAAAAGAUUUCAAAUGAUUCUAAUAAUAAUGAUAAGAAGGAUCUAUUAGAUACGAGUAGUGUGUCCAACAACAAUACCAAUAAUAAUAAUACCAACAAUAACAAUACUAAUACCAAUAACAACAAUAACAAUAAUAAUAACAAUAUACCCCUAGAUAAAAAGACUUCAAGUUCUAUUAAUCAUCUACUUGAGAAGAAUAGUAAUUCCAAGAUGAAUUCAUUUCCAAAUUUAGAAUCUUCCAUCACACUUGUACAAGACUCUAUUUUACAAAAUAUGAAUCAAAUAGAAGAAUUAAAACAAAACACACAUACUGUAUUGGAUAUUCAUGGAACAUGUAUGGAUUGGAAUUUUAUUCUGAACCAUCAAUCACAAGACUCUACUUUGAAUCAUUGGAAAUUAUUUAUUGCAAGUCAAUGUGCUCUCUUUAUUAGAAAUAGAAUUAAGAAUGAUUUAAAUUAUGAAUUAUCAUGUGGAAUAUCCUUGAAUUCUAAAUUUAUAUCCAAGUUAUUAUGUUCCAAAUAUAAACCAUUUGCACAAUGUGUACCAUUAGAUCAGAAUUAUCGAGACCAAACCAUGAUCGUAUACAAUCAUGAUCACAACAACACAACCAAUUCAUUCAUGAAUGAAUUAUUCAAACAAACACCCAUUGAAAAAUUAUCCAAAUUAUUAGGAAAGAAUGUGAUUGAACAAUUGAAGAGUGGAUCAACAACAAUGAACUCAUCCAUGAUGAUUCAUUUUCCACCCAUUCAUACCAUCUUGGAUUUGAAACAACAACUCGAGACCAAUCAUCAUCAUGGAACAUGUUUAUACCAUGUAUUGAAUGGUGUACCUACAAGUAAUGGUAGCAAUAGUAAUAGUAAUAGUAAUAAUAAUAGUAGUCUUACAAGUAAUGGUAGCAAUAGUAAUAAUAGUAAUAGCAAUAGUAGUAGAAAGAGUAGUAAUAAUAAGAAUACUACUACUACUACUACUACUACUAAUAUCACUCAUACUCUCAUGCAAUUACUUGGUAUCAAUACUCAAACUACUCAAACUACUAUGAAAGAUCAAAUGGUCAAAGAUUCCUUUCAAAAUCCUCCAAAAACAAUUUCAGCAUCCAUGUCUCUCACACCCAUUCACAUCUCACAUGUACAUACCUCCAUUCGAAAAGUCAUUGGAUAUAUUGCAAUGGAAUUAUGUGAAAGAAUUCAUGAAGAUUCUUUAAUGUAUCAAUGUCCUGUGAGUGUUAGUGGUGGUAGUGUUAGUGGUAGUGUUCGUGCUAGUAAUAACAGUAAUAAGAGUAGAAUUAGUGAUAUUGAUAAUAAUAAUAAUAAUAACAAUGCUACUAGCAGUAGUAGUAAGAGUAGUAGUGAUGAUCAGAGUACAAAUUCAAGAUAUCCAACAUCACUCACCUUCAAAUAUCGAUUUGAAAAUGAAAAAGAAGAAUCCAUGACAAUAUCCAUUCCAUCACUUUUUCAAAAUACUAGUAGUAAUAGUAGUACGGGUGCUGAUAGUAGUAGUAAUAGUAGUACUAGUGCUGAUAGUAAUAGUAGUACUAGUUGUCAUAAUAGUGGCAAUCAUAGUACUGUAUACAGGAUUAAGAAUGAUCGAUUUUGUUUAUUUUCUACCACCAAUUCGAAUGCAUCACCCAUUCUCUCAUCAGAUCAAUUAACUGAUGUUGCCAUUCGAAUGUUAAGACUCAGUAAGAAACUCUCAACAUUUCUUCAUGCCAAAUCUUUACAUGAUGUGUUUCAUAAGGAUGAAGAUGAACGAAAAUUACAAGAUGCAAAAUUACAAUUGAGAUGGAUUCAACUCUGUUAUGGAUCAUUUGAAUAUCCAAAACAAAUGACAACCACUCCUAAGAAAUCAUCAAGAUCGUCCUUAUGGAAUCAUCAUGAGUCGAACACAUGUAAGAAUUAUGAUGAAUAUUCUUUCAAGACCACAACAACGAAACAAGAGAGUGAUGUCAAUAAGAGUCUUACCAGUUCUAGCUCUAUAACGAGUCAUUCACACUCCUCAACAGAUUCAUUGUCCAUUGACCAUUUUAAUGGUAAGGUCAAGUGUAUCAUUUGUGGAAAGGAAUGUUUUCCAUCGCUCAUUGAUGUUCAUGUGAAUUCUCAUUUUGAAAAGAAACAACAACGACCACGUGAAUCAUUGACACUUUUCAACUACUUUUCUCCACCUGAAAAGAAAAAAAAGAAGUAA